GUUUAUUUUUCUAGCUCAACAGACAAAGUUGUGCUGAGGAGUAAUUCCACAAACCCGCCUGUUCUGGGUUUGUGCUAUCUGCCUGUGCGGUUGCAGAAUUGUGUCAGAGACCAGGUCAACACAAGUGGCAGAACUACAGAUUGUAUCUCCAGGAAGAUGUACAGUUUUAUGGGUGGAGGUUUGUUCUGUGCUGGUAUAGGCAACAUCCUGCUUGUUGUUUCCACAGCAACAGAUUAUUGGAUGCAGUAUCGCCGUUCUGGCAAUUUUAUGCACCAGGGCCUGUGGAGAUAUUGUGUGCCAGGAAAAUGCUACCUGCACACUGACAGUGUUGCCUACUGGGAUGCCACUCGAGUAUUCAUGAUCCUCUCCUUGUUGGCAUGCUUCAUUGGCAUCAUUAUUGGUUUCCUGGCAUUCAUGCAAUACUCUUCCUUCACCAAAUUUGACAGAACCUUUGCCGCAGGAAUGUUGUAUUUUAUUUCAUGUUUAUUUGUGUUGCUUGCCAUGGCUAUUUAUACAGCCGUCACGAUAAAUUCUUACGGUAAACGUUAUGGCGAUUGGCGCUUCUCCUGGUCCUACAUCAUUGGAUGGGUGGCUGUGGUGCUCACAUUCUUUGCAGGUAUCUUCUACAUGUGUGCCCAUCGUUUGCAUGAAAGCCCACAAAAUUCAAACCCACGCUAGCAUCCGACACCACGCCUUAAGAAAUGGAAUAACAUACAGGACCAUCACUUUGCGUCAACUUGCAUGUUAUGAAGUGGCAUUUUCUUUUGAUCUCUUUAGAAAACAAGUUAGUGAAAUGUAGGUAGAAAUUGAAACAAAUUACAGCUGUACUUUCAAGGCUUGGCUGCAGGGUUUUUUUUUUAAUCACUUCAUUCGUGAAAUAGAGUUAUAAAUAAGACAAAAUACUGUUUUCAAGAACUUUCAUUAAUGUUGCAUGCGUUUUCCACAAGCUAGUAAAAUAAUGGAACAAUGGUAGUAUUAUAUACAAGCUUACUUUAAUAUAUGGAAAAUGAUAAAACUGAAACUAAAUUGAACUCAGUGCAUCCACCUUAUUUUAUCUAAUAAAGUUUCCUUGAACAUCGACUGACAUUAAGCAAACCCAAACUUUGACUGCUUUGUUAUUCAUUAAUGUUUGGUAAGGGAAUUAUUUUCAUAUUAAUUGCAGUUUGUUCAAAGUUGGUAGUUCAUUGUGAAGCCUGACAUUUAUUGUACAUUCCUAGUUGCCCUGAAAGUUUGUGUCAAAAUGCUUUGAUACAAAUGAGUGGCUUGCAAGAUCACUUCAGACCUAAAUAGUGUCUGUUGAACUGGAGUCACAUAAAGAUCUAACCAGGUAAGGAAAGCAAGUUUAAUUCCCUGAACAACAUAGAUAAACUAGUAAGAUUUCAACUAGUUCAAUGUCACUUUUAAAGAGCUUGUUUAAAACAUAAUUUGAAUUCUCAGACACCCAUGAUGAUGUGUUGUGUAUUCAUGUCAACUGGAUUACUCCUCCAGGUUCUUGAUUUACAACAUAUCUCUUUCUGCAAUACACACACAAAUUAAUUUUUACACACAUGAGAUAGAGUAAUGCUUCAAAAUUAUUUCAAAAUACAGGGUUUAAUUUCAAUUUUUAGCUGGGCACAUUUAUUAAGGGAAAAAGCACAAUGCUCAAACUUAUUUUUCAUUAGUUUGCAUAAUUUAGAUUUCAAAUGAAUCCACCUAUUGUCCUUUGAUUCCAGUUGCACAGUCCCAAUUGUGCAGACCAAACUACUUUCCACCACACUGAAUUCCAACCAUCCACAGUUAAUUGAAUUUUGAUGAUCCCAACUGCUUACAAUCCAUCCCCAUUAUAAUGAUACCCAUGGAGACUAAAGCUCUCGCUAUUCUCUCCUAACGUUAAAGCAUUGCAUUGGCCUAAACCAUUCACAGUGAAUAGUAUCCAAAUCUAAGCACAACAUUUUCUAUGAUCAUCACAAAGUUAGUACUCAGCAUAUUCAUCGCCACACUGUUUUGUAAAACCCAAGAGUUCGUGUGAACCAGUUUUUAUAAAGGCUGAACAAAUGACUGAGUUGUUAUUAAAAUAAAAUCACCAAA